GAAGUGAAACCCAGCUCGGGGGCGUCCAGGGGCCCUGCAUAGCAGGAAGCGCCCAGAGCCAGUGUUGCAGACCCAGCACCCCGCAGCCAUGGCAGAGGCACCCAGCACCCCGGGCUCUGAGGAGGACAGAGCAGGGUUCACGGCUCAGUGGGGUGCAGAGGACACGCAGGAGGCCGCUGUGGAGCAGCAGGAGCAGCAGGCCAAGGAUGGAGAUGGGAACAGCCCUCCCUGUGAACUGCUGGAGCAGGAAAUGCUCCCGAAGCCCCCCCAGGCCCCCGAAACGGACGAGGAUGAGGGCUUUGGAGACUGGUCCCAGAAGCCAGAGCCGCGGCAGCAGUGCGGGGGCGCCCAGGAGACCCCAGAGGAUGGCCGGGACCCCGUCUUGGGCAGGAGUCUGCACGGGGAGCAGCAGCAGGAGCAGUGCAAGUCCCCCAGCCCACCCGUGCAGCAUGCCUGUGAGGACCACGUGGAGGACAGGGCUGACCGGAACCGCGCCGAGGCCCACCCGCAGGGGCCGAACCUGGAGGACACCCAGGCACAGGAGCGUGAGAACUGGCAGCCACCCAGGACGCCCAGUCCCCUGCUCAUGGAGACGACGGAAGGGCGGAACUCACCUCCCCAGAGCCCCACCACCAAGCUCAGAGACAGGACCGAGUCCUUGAGCCUCUCUGUGCCGGCCAGCAGCAGCGAGAGCAAGACCCAGCCCACCUUGCCGGUUGCCAAGAUUGACGAGAGACUGGGACAGUACACGCAGGCCGUCGAGACCGCAGGCAGGGCGCCCAAGCUAGCCCGGCAGCCCUCCAUAGAGCUGCCCAGCAUGGCUGUGGCCAACACCAAGAACCUCUGGGAGACGGGGCAGGUGCAGACUCAGUCUGCCGCCAAGACCACCUCCAACAAGGACAUUGUGGCGGGAGACCUGAGCAAGAGAAGCUUCUGGGAGCAGAGAGGAGGCUCCACGACCUCCUCGACUGUCAAGAGCACCCCGUCAGGGAAGAGGUACAAGUUUGUGGCCACCGGACACGGGAAGUAUGAGAAGGUGCUGGUGGACGAGGGCUCGGCCACAUAGGCCUCCCGACCCGGUGCCAGCGGCUGCGUGCUUCUGCAGCCUCUCUGUCUGAACCCCAGUUCUGCCACUCCCUGCUAGGGAAGGAGACUCCUGCAUCCCAGCUACAGAGACGUCCACCCCCACCCGGUCCCCAUGGGGGGCAGAGGCCUCCACCCCUACCCGGUGCCCACAGCAGGGGCUGCUGACUCUGCAGGGAGAGCCUGGGGCACCUGCCAGCUGGCUUCCAAGUCAACAACCUGUGCCAGGUGUCCAGGAUGCUGUGUCCCUCCCACCUCAUCCCCCAUGUCCUGUGUAAUAAAGUUCCCAUGUCCCCCA